GAAGGCUCCGAGCGCCCGCCCGGCGCCGCCGCGAUGCUGCAGCUGCGGGACGCGGACGAGUCCGGCCCGGCCGGCGGCCCCGGCAGCCCCGGCAGCCCCGGGGCCGCCACGCUGGUGCCGGGGGGGGCCGGGCCGCCCUUCGAGCCGGCGGCGCCGCCGGCCCGGCAGACGCUGCGGCCGCUCAGUGUCCGCACCGCGGGCCGCGCCGGCCGCCUCCGCCAGUACUUCGUGUUCCGGCCCGGCACCAUCGAGCAGGCGGUGAGCGAGAUCCGCGUGGUCGUGCUGCCCGCCGAGGACGGGGAGGUGCAGAGCGUGUGGCUGCUCACCGAAAUCGAUCACUGGAACAACGAGAAGGAGCGCCUUGUCCUCAUCACAGACUGGUCCCUCCUGGUCUGCAAGUACAACUUCAUCAGCCUGCAGUGCCAGCACGUCACCAGGAUUGCCCUCAGUGCCGUGGACACCAUCUCCGUCGGGGAGUUUGUGUUCCCACCCAAAUCUCUCAACAAGAGGGAAGGUGUCGGUAUCCGCAUCCAGUGGGACAAGCAAAGCCGAGCCUCCUUCAUCAACAGGUGGAACCCCUGGUCCACCAACAUCCCCUACGUGACCUUCACCGAGCACCCCAUGGCAGAUGCUGACGAGAAGAUCUCGUCCCUGUGCCGGCUGGAAAACUUUCAAACACAGCUGAUCCAGGCUGUGAAGAAAGCCCACAAGGAGGGCCCAGUGCCAGGAAGUGCUAACGGGGUGUUGGUGCUGGAGCGGCCCAUCCUCAUCGAGACCUACCUGGGACUGAUGUCCUUCAUCAACAACGAGGCCAAGCUGGGCUACUCCAUGACAAGAGGCAAAAUUGGAUUUUAAACCCCCUUGUGUGUCACCUGUUCAAGGGCAAGUGAGUUGCUGCUGGUGGUGCCCUGGGGAGAGGGUGCUGAGGGCAGAGCACGUGAUAAAGUGCAGUUGUCAGUGGAAGGAAAGGAAAAGAAAGGAAAGGGGGACGUUGUAAGACAGUUCCCAGGUUGUUUGGGGAAUGCACAGGCUGGAUUUGAAGCAGACACAGGGUGGUGUCAGCCUUGUAUUUUGUACCUGAUUUACAGCCCUCACUGGUCCUUAUGCAGGGUGAAUGAGCCGUGGUGUGUUCUGUGUCCCAGAGCCUGCUCUUCCCAGUCCAUCAAGUGCCACUGGAACCUGCUGAAACCCCCAGAGCACAGCAGAACCUUGGUGCCACAGCCCUGCUGUAUCCCUGUGUACGCUGUCAAAUCCUGUUGUGUGCUUGGGACUCCCUUGUGUUGUUUAGGAGGAACUGCUGUUCCAAUCACCAUGAUCUCAGAGCUCUGAUUAAUGCCUGUUAGGAAUUUUCAAAGCUGUCAGUCAGUCUUUAACAGUACUUGCUAGCUUUUGCUAAAGCUGCACUGUUCCACCUGCUCAGCAGCAGUUUGUGAACUCAAUAUGCAUUUCUGAGCUUCUUGUAAAAAUCCCUCUAAGAACCUACUGGAACUUCCUCUCUACUUCUGUUUCUUUGCUGCAGCCACAGAAUGAAGACUGUUGUGAGAGAACAUUGCCAAAAGCCUCACAAACACAUUUGCCUUCAAAGCUGUUCUUUGUAGAACUGAAAAGGAAUUCUAUUUUGGUUAGAUUGAUACUCUUAGCCAUUUUUUCUUAAAUCUACUCUAGUUUGGGCCAGGACUUUUUAAUGGAGACAGAGAAAACUUUCAGCACUGUGUGUCAGCCUUAGUUCAUACAUUCCUGCACUGAACCUCUCAUCCAGGGAUGAAAUUCAGAAGAGAUUACAGCUGUAAUUGCUCAGGAGGUGACUCUAACAAGCGUUUUCCUUGUGCAUGACCUUCUCUCCAAGCCCUUUCAUCAGAGCUGGAUGAACACUGUGCCACAGUGGUGGGGUUUUUUGAUCUUAAUGUAGGUGAGUGUUUGUGAAACUCCUGUUGCAGUCAGUCCUGACUCCAGCUUUCCAAGCUUCUCCAUGCAUUUUCUAAGUUACCUGUUCAAUUUUCAUUAACCUUGCAUUAAAGUUAAAAUUUCAACUCUUA